UCAUUCCUCGAUAUCAGCGGGGGCCCGGGGCGCUGUCAUAUCUCUUUUGAGUUCUUAAGAAUGUUCAGAUUCCCUCCACCAUGUUCGUGCAGGCCUGUCUUCCCAUCUGCUUUCUUUAUUCCAUUUCUCUAACCAGCAUCACGCCCUGCAUCUUAUUCUAUUCUAUUUGCUAAGCUAAACCCUGUUAUCCCUAUGUUAAGAGAUCAUAGGCUUUCUUUCCCUGUCCUUGAUGAAUCAAUGACUAGUAAAGUGUCUCCAAUCAUCGAACCUCCUUCACAGACAGGCCACAGAACUGUAAUCUUGGAUAAGUCACUGUCUUGUCUACCAACUAGCAGUUGAAGUUUUCUAGUCUUGUUACCUUCACAUCUCCAGGACAUGCUUUGGUUGUUGCUAUUUGUUAACUUGUCACCAUAAACUUCGUCCCAACCGUGGACUGCCAAUUCUUUAAUCAUAGUCACAUUUUUUAAAUUUUGCAGAUGAUGGCCCCUGACAAGUUUCUGGAUUCUGGUUCCUGAACAGCAUAAAAGCACCUGCACUGUUGUGCAUCAGUUUUCACCCAGCAAGCAUCUCAAGCACGCUACACAAUCACCUCUGACCUCCAAGUCCUAAUUUCACAUCACAAUGGAGGCUGGAGGGCUGAUUGCUGAGGUGGGCUGGACCGAGUUUGACUACUCGUUGCAGGGCGAGGAGUCGGAGAUAAUGGCGCAACUGCUUGGUGCCUUCCCCUCCCAUGGUGAGGGAGGUCACCAAGAGCUGCCUUGGUCUGAUCAAGCUUCCAAUGCAUACAGUGACAGCAUUGGCAGUAACCUUGUUGUUCCACCUGCAUAUGAGGGCUACUGUUUGAGUAACUCAAAUGAGGUCCUUGGGAUAAGCUCCUGCUUUUCCCCACAUGACCUGAGCUUGGUCCAGGAGCAAGGUGCAACUGAGAGUCUGAAUGCGUUUUCAAACCGUUCCCUUAAUUUCUAUGGGAACGUCGACCUGAAUCAAUGCGAUCUUGAUGAUCCAAGCAUGAGUAUGCUCGACCCAGCAAGUGCUACUGACAAGAGAAAGCACUUGGUACAAGAACUUGGUGAUCAAACAAGAGGUCGUAAAUGCGCACGGAAGGGUGAAAUUAAGCGAGCGAAGAAGGCCAAACAGAGUGGAGAUGAGGAUGCGAGUAUGGCCAUCACACGUGGAAGCCCAACGAGCUGCUGCACUUCUGACAGUGAUUCAAAUGCCUCUCAGAAGUCUGCAAAUGCUGAUGCUCGUCCAAAAGGCAAGGCUCAGGCUGGUCGCGUCGUGGCAACUGAACCCCAGAGCAUCUAUGCAAGGAAACGGAGGGAGAGGAUCAAUGAGAGGCUGAAGAUACUGCAGAACCUCGUGCCCAAUGGUACCAAAGUAGAUAUCAGCACCAUGCUCGAAGAGGCAGUUCACUAUGUGAAGUUCCUGCAGCUUCAGAUCAAGCUCCUGAGCUCUGACGAUAUGUGGAUGUAUGCACCGAUUGCAUUUAAUGGGAUGAACAUUGGAAUUGAUCUGAACAUGGACAGAUGAUUCGACGCAACCUGCAUUUGCGAGGAAUUUGUUACUUGACCGAUCAGUGCCUGUAACCACAGUCGAACUUUUUAUACAGUUCAUCAGCAGUUGCUGAAGCAUCCUACUGAUAGGUACAGAAGUAGCAUACUGGCAAAGGCCAUGCCAGCUUGCCUACUGCACUACUUACGCCAAGAGACAGUUUUACCACACAAAUCGCACGGGGCAAAUUUUUUGUCUUUCAGAAGACACCUUUUGACAA